CAUUAUCUCUCAAACACAUACAUAUACGAUGCUGCAACUUAAGGUUGUGGCCUUGAUUUUGAUAUGGUGGAGCAGUAAUUCUGUUGAAGAUGCAGUUGCAGCCCCAGAUGCACAUUUAGUAAACAUAGGGUGCAGCUCGUUCAAUGCUUCCGAUUUGCGUAGCUUCUUUGCAAAUAUCAAUGAAUCCUUUUCAGACAUGAGAGAAGAGAUUACGAAUCAAAGCAAGCACUUUGGCACAGUACAGAAAGCAAGAGGACAAGUGCUCACAUACGCUAUGUUUCAGUGCAGAAACUACCUUUCCAAAAAUGACUGUCUUUCUUGCUUCAACACUGCCACCACCCAGAUCCGCAACUGCUCCAACGGCAACGGUGCCAGAGUCAUCUACGACGGCUGUUUCCUCAGAUAUGAGAGUAACAGGUUCUACGAUCAGACCAACGAAAUUGGCAGUGGGGUAUCAUGUGGGAACAUAAGUUCAACUGUCACUGAUUUUAAAGCAGCUGGACAACAAGCCCUAAUGGACCUCCAAACAGCAGUACCCAAAACUAGAGAUUUUUAUGCAGCUACGAAGACACUGGUGGCUGGUGGUAGUGCAGUUUAUGCUGUUGCACAGUGUGUUGAAACUGCCACUGAGAUUAAUUGUCAGAAUUGCAUGCAAGUUGGAUACAACAACUUACAAAGUUGUCUUCCCAACACAGAGGGUAGAGCCUAUGAUGCUGGCUGUUUCAUGAGAUACUCCACCACACCUUUCUUUGCUGAUAAUCAGACUACUAAUAUUGCACCCUAUUUGAAAAAAGGAAAUUCAAGAAAGAAAUGGGAAAUAAUAGGUGGUGCUACUGGAGGUGUUGUUCUUCUUCUUUUGUUGUUUGGCUGGAGAAUGUCAAGAAAAAGAAACCAGAUUCCCAGAGGUGAUAUAUUGGGAGCGACUGAGUUGAAAGGUCCAGUUAAAUACAAGUAUAAUGAUUUGAAAGCAGCAACGAAAAAUUUCAGUGCUGAAAACAAACUUGGAGAAGGAGGUUUUGGUGAUGUAUACAAGCAGGGUACUCUGAAAAAUGGAAAAGUUGUUGCUGUAAAAAAGCUAGUUUUGGGGAAAUCAAGCAACAUGGAGGAUAAUUUUGAAGGGGAAGUGAAGCUUAUAAGCAAUGUUCAUCACAGAAAUCUCGUUAGGCUUCUUGGUUACUGCAGCAAAAGCCAAGAAAGAAUCUUAGUUUAUGAAUACAUGGCAAAUAAAAGUCUUGAUAAAUUCUUAUUCGGUAACAAAAAGGGUUCCCUCAAUUGGAAACAACGCUAUGAUAUAAUAUUAGGCACAGCAAGAGGACUGGCAUAUCUGCAUGAAGAGUUCCACGUCUCCAUCAUACAUAGAGAUAUCAAGACUGCUAACAUCCUUCUAGAUGAUGUUUUUCAGCCCAAAAUUGCUGAUUUUGGGUUGGCAAGGCUUCUCCCAGAUGAUCGUUCUCAUCUUAGCACAAAAUUUGCAGGAACUUUAGGCUACACAGCACCUGAGUAUGCAAUGCAUGGUCAAUUAUCAGAGAAGGCUGAUACCUACAGCUAUGGUAUUGUAGUGCUAGAAAUAGUAAGUGGCCAAAAGAGUACAGAUAUGAAGAAUGAUGAGGAUGGUGAAUACCUUCUUCGACGAGCAUGGAAACAGCAUGAGAGAGGCAUGUACUUGGACCUGGUAGACAAGGCAAUAGACCCUAAUGAAUAUGACGUAGAAGAAGUGAAAAAAAUCAUAGAAAUUGCUUUGUUAUGCACUCAGGCUUCUGCUUCAACGAGGCCAACAAUGACGGAAGUGGUAAUGCUACUGAAAAGCAAGAGCUUAUUGGAGCACCUGCGACCAACUAUGCCUGUGUUUGUUGAAACAAAUAUGAUCCCUCGGGAAGGCAACUCUACCAGUUCAUCUAAUGCUACUGCCUCCAUUUCUGUUCUCUCAGCUCGAUGAUUAAGUUUGAAUCAAUGCAUCAAAGGGUCGUCAUUACCUUAACCAAUAAAGUUUAUCAUAUUAAAAUAUAUAGAUAUAAUUGUUCACCAUUCUACGUCUUCUGAUCUGUCCUUCUGCAUAUUUUCUAAGUGUAGGUGCAGUUUCA